GGCUUGGUGUCUUCUCAGGUCCCAUUGGUGCGAGUUAUGGCAGUCUUUGUCAGCUAAUUUGGCCCAUUUUCCACUAAAGAUCACUAUUUAUUCUGUUCAAAAGCUCCACUGGCUCCAUCUGCACCUGUGUGCUGUUUAAGAUUUAGUUAAACCGCGACAGGAUCCGGGCGGAGGCGGGUUUUUUGGAGUUAACCGAGGUUAGCCUGUUAGCUGCGCCGCUGCUGGAGAGUCGAAAAAGAUGUCGAUGCACGGGAAAAGAAAAGAGAUCUACAAGUACGAGGCGCCAUGGACCGUGUACGCCAUGAACUGGAGCGUGCGGCCGGACAAACGCUUCCGUCUGGCGCUGGGCAGCUUCGUGGAGGAGUACAACAACAAGGUGCAGUUGGUGGGUUUGGAGGAGGAGAGCUCAGAGUUUGUUUGCAGAAACACGUUUGACCAUCCGUACCCCACCACCAAAAUCAUGUGGAUUCCUGACACCAAGGGAGUGUACCCAGACCUGCUGGCCACCAGUGGAGAUUACCUGCGCAUAUGGAGGGUCAGUGACACAGAGACGAGACUCGAGUGUUUGCUCAACAACAACAAAAACUCCGACUUCUGCGCUCCACUCACUUCCUUCGACUGGAACGAGGUGGACCCCAACCUGCUUGGCACCUCGAGCAUUGACACCACCUGCACCAUCUGGGGCCUGGAGACAGGGCAGGUCCUGGGCAGAGUGAACCUGGUCUCUGGACACGUGAAGACGCAACUCAUCGCUCACGACAAAGAGGUGUAUGACAUCGCGUUCAGCCGUGCCGGAGGGGGCAGGGACAUGUUUGCGUCAGUUGGGGCAGACGGCUCCGUGAGGAUGUUUGAUCUGAGGCACCUGGAGCACAGCACUAUCAUCUAUGAAGACCCACAGCAUCACCCUCUGCUGCGGCUCUGCUGGAACAAACAGGACCCCAACUACCUGGCAACCAUGGCCAUGGACGGCAUGGAGGUGGUGAUCUUGGACGUGCGUGUGCCCUGUACUCCUGUGGCGCGCCUCAAUAACCAUCGCGCCUGUGUGAACGGCAUCGCCUGGGCCCCACACUCCUCCUGCCACAUCUGCACCGCCGCGGACGACCACCAGGCUCUUAUCUGGGACAUUCAGCAGAUGCCCCGAGCGAUCGAGGACCCGAUCCUGGCCUACACCGCCGAGGGGGAGAUCAAUAAUGUGCAGUGGGCCUCCACACAGCCAGACUGGAUCGCCAUCUGCUACAACAACUGCCUGGAGAUCCUGCGGGUGUGAGGGACCCUCUGGCUGUGAAGGGCACACAGAGGAGGGGAGGGAGGGGGGGGCAUGGGCCUUUGGACCAUUAGCAGAGUCUACAGAAGUCUGGACCAGUUUACAUUAGAUACAGAUAUUUUGACUUUGUGUAAGCUCUUUAUUUUCGAAUCUCAAGCCAACAUUUCCCCUGCUCUGAAAUACGAAAUGGAACAAUUUGAUCUUGAAAACCGUCAAAUAUUUAGAGAAACAGCGGCUUAGGAUGUCGAGCAGCCUGCUUGUAACUAGACGGUUGGAGGUUCCAUUCACAUUCUACCUGGUUCAUUGUGCCCUUGAAAAAUGGCCACCGUGUUUCCGUCAGCAUGUCCCAGGGCAGCUGUGGCUACAGAGGUAUCAUGUGGAAAGUGCUUAGAAUUCAAAUGUGAGUUCAGUUUAAUCUCAAAAUAAGUGAACAUUUCCAAGUCAAACCUCCUCAGAUCUGUGUGAAUCUCAGACCUCAGUUUCAGAGAGGACACACCUUCUUCUCCAGGUUCACUCUCACAUCAGUUUGUUUAUUUAUUCUGAAAAGCAACAACAUGUUUUUGCUUUUCGUUCUUUUUGGUCAAGUUUGAAAAAUGUUCUGAAGAAAAGCCCUGUUUCCUCUAAACAACGACGAAGAACUCAAGACACAGGAAGUAUCCGGACCUCACCAUGGACCUUCACAAUAAGAGCGCUCUGGUCCUAAAAUGCACUGAGAAAAACUGAAGUGGUCAAAACUACAGACCAUGAGGGCGACUGCGACUCGGGCGGUUCAGCAGGUGUCUUGUUACUGGAAGGUCUGUGAUUCAAUCUCUGCUUUUUUUUUACCGUGCUGUUGUGUCCUUGAGCAAUACACCUCACUCACUUUAACGAUGUAGAAAAGUCGUGUAAAACUUGUAAUGGUUGCUCGGUUGAAACCAUAGACUGUAUAUAUAAAUGGACAUAGCUAACCUGCUAGCUGCUGCGUUCCAAAUAGGAAAUGGUCAUGGGCGCGCUCCUGCCUUCUUUGAUUCUGGCUCUAAUUCACUUUAUAUUAGAAAAACUGUGGCCCCUCUCCCUGUAAAUGCUGCUGUCAGGCUCAUUAUUUGGGUCUUAAAAUGUCCAUAUGGUGUGAACGGUCGUUACCUUCAACAACUUUGGUCACUAUGAUACUCACAGUCAGAAUUUCAAAUAUGGAACUCUGCUCCAAAUUGGCCCCUAAAACCUCUGAUCUCGAUGGGCUUCCUCAGAAUGCAGCCGGUCGCAAUGGGUGACGUCACACUUAGUCCACUUCUUUAUACAGUCUGUGGUUCAAACUGUUCUAAAUGUUACAAUACUGCAAAAACAUACCUAUAUUUAAAAUGACCUGAAUUCUGAAUUGUUGAGUCAUUUUCUUCCAGUUUAGAUGUAUUUAUUUCGACUUUUUCUCAGUAAAAAGUCUUUUUUGCUCAGUAAUUACUCAAUAUUUGUAAAAAAAAGAAAAAAAAAGAAUUUUAAAUGAAUUUAACUCAUUUUAUGUCAAUAUUAGUUUUUUUUUGCAGUGAACCCUCUUGAACAGUAGCGGUUUUGUACAAAAAUGUGCCACAGCGUUCGGUCCGACCUCCUUCAGAGUCACUUGUACAAAUUUGAUCUCGUCUCGUCAUAAUUUUCAUUCAUCACUGUAAAAAAGUACGCUGAUUCAAAUGUGUGGAGUGAGCGCACUGUAAAAAUCACACAUGGGUUAAAAUGACUAGAAUUUAAGUUUUAAAUUGUUUGUAGUUUUGAUGUAUUUAAAAUCUAGGUCUUGAAUUAAUACUUUGAUGAAUUUUCUAAUUUCAAUUAAAUCAAGAAAAACUGUUUACAAAAAAUAUAUUCCACAAAUAUUGAAUCGGAUGUGUUUUGAAACGAGUCUCGUAAUAAGACCUAUAAUAAUCAGAUCGUGAAGAUUGGCAGCCUGUUUCGCCUGUCUGUCCCAGGGCAGCUGUGGCUACAAUACUCACCGUGGAGUGAAUGAAGAAUGUAAUGUUAAGAUUAAUUGAAAAAAAACACCGCAGUACAUCAAAAUGAGCCGACACGUUUAUGAUUCUGAAUUCUAGUCAUUUAAAUGAUGAUUUUUACAGUGCGGUAUGACUUUUCACUGUAAAAAAUGCCAUGUUUUGUAUGAGUUGUGAGAGUGGAGUGAGAGUUCAUGUUUUUUCUCAAACUUGUGUCUUGUAGCAUGUUCUUACAAGGCUCUGUACAUACAUAUAAAUACAACCAACUACUCUGCAAAACAAGGUUAAAACCGCACGAGUUAAAAUGGCUUAAAAUCGGAAUGUUAAGCUUUAUUUAAGUGGUUUUGACUUGUUAAGUGUACCAAUCUCUGUAAAACAAAAGUAUCGAUACUAAAAACCUACUUGGACCACUGAGGGAUUACACAGAUAUAUGGCCACAGAAUAUAAAAGAAAGUACUACCAUUUAAUCCUGAAAAUCACAUUCUGUUGUCUAAAGAAAGAGUGUUUUUAUUAUCGUGGAAUCCAUAUCGAGCAUCAAGUCUGUUCUUUAGUAUCGUAAAUCGUAAAUAAAUGGGGGUCGCGUAGUCGUUUUGGUACCAACAAUCCAUAGGGGGCGCUGACUGCACGUUUACAGCGACGUUAGCUCCCAUUGGGCACCUCAGUCCGUGGACCUGUUUUAUAUGAAUAUUAUGAAUCAAAAUGUGCAGAUUAUAACAUAAUGAUCCACAGGUGUCAAAGAUUAUAACUGUAGAGCGACACAAGCACAAUAUUUCUAAAGUCUAAAUGAGUUAAAACUACUUAAAUUAUUAACAUUCUUAGUUCAAGUGGUUUUAACUCGUGCGGUUUUAGCUGUUUGUGUUUUGCAGUGUAAGAAAAGACGUGGUCAUGUUGUAGCUUUUUUCAUAAAGUUUUAUUAUUAAAUUUACUCAAAUAAAAUGUAUGGUUCAUGUCUUAGAAUUGAAA